CCUGUGCCACCUCGCGACCGCCCUGCCCCGGCCGCCGCAGCACCAGCCAUGGCCACCCCGCCCAAGAGAAGCUGCCCGUCUCCCGCCACCAGCCCUGAGGGGACCCGCAUCAAGAAAAUCUCCAUCGAAGGGAACAUCGCUGCAGGGAAGUCAACAUUUGUGAACAUCCUUAAACAAGUCUGUGAAGAUUGGGAAGUUGUCCCUGAACCUGUCGCCAGGUGGUGCAAUGUUCAAAGUACUCAAAAUGAAUUUGAGGAACUGACAACAUCUCAGAAAAGUGGCGGAAAUGUUCUUCAGAUGAUGUAUGAGAAACCUGAGCGGUGGUCUUUCACCUUCCAGUCAUAUGCCUGUCUCAGUCGGAUACGAGCUCAGCUUGCCUCUCUUAACGGCAAGCUCAAGGAUGCAGAGAAACCUGUAUUAUUUUUCGAAAGAUCUGUGUAUAGUGACAGGUAUAUCUUUGCAUCUAAUUUGUAUGAAUCUGACUGCAUGAAUGAGACAGAGUGGACAAUUUAUCAAGACUGGCACGACUGGAUGAAUAACCAGUUUGGCCAAAGUCUUGAAUUGGAUGGAAUCAUUUAUCUUCGAGCUACUCCAGAGAAGUGCUUAAAUAGAAUAUAUUUACGAGGAAGAAACGAAGAACAAGGCAUUCCUCUUGAAUAUUUAGAGAAGCUUCACUAUAAACAUGAGAGCUGGCUCCUGCAUAGAACUCUGAAAACCAACUUUGAUUAUCUGCAAGAGGUACCUAUCUUAACACUGGAUGUUAAUGAAGACUUUAAAGACAAACAUGAAAGUCUGGUUGAAAAGGUUAAAGAAUUUUUGAGUACAUUGUGAUCUCACUGGGCUACAGACGGCCAAAUGCUUCCAGAUUCUUGAGCUUUGUAUAUCUUUGGAGCUCCGUGUUCAUACCAGACUCUUCAGAAAACCCAUUUUGUUCUAAGAAAACAAAAUUUUUUUUUAUGAAUCCUAUGUAAAACUUUAUGAGCAGUUUCUUUCCAUUCCUUUCUUCUCUCUUUCUUUCCAUCUCUUCUUCCUUCUGUAGUUUUAAAAACCAAACAAACAAAAAAAAA